AUGUCAACUCCCACGUCAUUUAUCAUUCCGUGCACAAUAUUUUCUGCUGGUUUAAUACGCGCGGGCCGAAUCAGUUGUAGUCCUAACCUAUACGCCGGAUCACUUUCUGAUUCACACAACGCGCACCAUGUUGGUAGAGUUCACCACCACUUAGAACACAACGGGGUUCUCAAGAUAAGCCUAGCUUUUGACGAUGACAAGAGCAAGUAUCUUGAGCAGUUAGUUCUACACUUACACAAGAACCACGGACACGGGCUUCCUAUAACACACAGCUCUUCCCGUGGCUGGUUCUGGGAUGUUCGCCCCAGCCCAGAGACAACCUCCAGUCAUCAGGCUCGUUCAGAAACCAUGGACGAGUUCCCUUGGCACACAGACUGUAGUUAUGAUCGUGUACCACCCCGGUACUUUGCCCUGCAGGUCCUGCAGCCAGACACCAAUGGCGGCGGCACACUCUCAGUCUUGCGCUCAGAGCACCUGCUAUCACGUCUAUCACCCACCACCCGUAUCUCCCUGACCCAUCCGGAGUACGCUUUCACGGUGCCCCCAGAAUUUACUAAAGACGAUAACGACAAACACAUUGUCGGGUGUCUCCUUAGUACGACCGAAGAGCAAAGACAUGUUCAGUUACGGUUCCGAGCCGAUAUUAUCUCCCCUUUGACCACUCGCGCGGAGUCUGCCUAUCGAGAGCUACAAGGCGUUCUCUCGAGCAAAGAUAUCGAGGCAGAUAUAAUACACCUUACAAGUGAAUCAAUGCCUCGCGGGUCUAUCAUACUGCUGGAUAAUCGGCGGUGGUUACAUUCGCGAAAUAUAGUAAAGGAUCCAAAUCGUCAUCUUCGCCGUGUCCGGUGGGAUUCUCGGCCGUUUAGUGAGGAUAUGUUACAGACUCCUGCGCAUAUAGGGUCAAGCCCUAUUGUGCGCUACGGGCAGAAUGUGUAG